GUGUGGUUCCAUCAAUCACGCUGCACCAAUGGGGAAGCCACAAAAACAUAACUCGCUGUAGUUCACCCGAUCUCACAAGCAUAGAUAUACGUAAUCUAGCGGCUGCCACGCUGUUGCAUCGUGCAGUCAUAGCCGGGGCAGCAAUCAUUCGCAGAUAAGUUGCAAAAGUUGUCAGGUGCUUGGCAUUCAAGUUCACUGGCACUGACAGCCAUAGACGUUGUCAAAGCAGCAGCAACAAUGAGGACGACUCGGAAGGAGAAACGCAUUAUCUAUGAGAUGUGAUAUGGAAUUUCGGAAUCAACUUGGAGGGGGAGGGCUUGCUUUUAUAUCCUGGAUACUGCUCUUUGUGCAAACCCUCGGUUUCGAUUCAUUUGUCUCCCAUAUUUUAUUGCAAGACAGAAGAACAGGACCUCCGAAUAUAUGUAGGGAGGCCUGGUCCCGGUCAUCCGAAAUUGAGGAUCGAUGUUCGAACACGAAAACCAUGCCUCCUGGGCCCACCUAUAUUCAGUGGUCGUUACCAGGUGACACAAGAAUCUGGCAGAAGCUGAGUGGAGAAGCUUAUCGAUGAUCGCAGUGCAUCGGAAAACGCGGAACAUGAUACUACCAGCUGAGGUGUUGAAGAUCAAAAUUCCAAAAGAGAGCACGCUUCCACAUUGGGGUAUGUCAAUGUACGUAGUAUCAUCAAGAAACAAAGAUAGACUCCUACGUUGGUUCUCCACUGAGAUGCAAAU